CUGCGCAAUGGAACGAAAAAUUCAUCCGAGUUGUUGCCGUACGAAGGAUGCCUUCUGCCUCAGCGAAGCUGGAGAAACAAACCUCCACAGAGGUGGUGGAACCGCUUAAGCAGGUUCUCACCAUGAUCGAGCACAAAAAGCGCAAUUUGGAGAAGCGAAAGGGUAAGCUGGAGGCCUAUAAAACUGAGCAGAAGAAUGGCAAGGAGCUGAACAGCGAGCAACAAUCGGCAGUGGCCAAGUACGAUGAGGUCAUCCAGACCCUUGCUUUUGCCAACGAUCUGGUCAAGCAGAUCCAACAGUUGGAAGUGGACCACGCCAAGGUGACAAAGAAGCAGCAGAAAAAGGAUCUGGCUAAGGAACAGUCUGAUAAAUAUCAAAGGGACAUCCAGCGAACCAAGGACAUCAUCAUUAUUCAGGACGUACUGCAAAGUUUUGAAGAUGAGCUGGUUAGAUCUGACUUCCUCGAGGGCAAGAAUGGCGCUGUCGUUGUUACCCAAGAGGAUGUGGACGUUCUGGAAAAAUUGGCCUGCUUCUUGUUCCCCAAGAAGUCUGGCAAUGACGAGAUUGUCUCUGGUGCUGCCCAAAGUUUGGUCAACUUGUUGGACAAGAAGAAGAAGGAGUGGAGUGUGACGACCAAGACCUAUGCUGAAAUCUUUGACCUGAUCAUGACCGUCAACAACUGUGACUACUUUAGAAACAUCAAGAACGUACAAACAGCCACUCCUGUUGUACAGGAACCAGAACCUGAGGAGGUUGAUGUGGUUGAAAUUGAAGACACCCUUGUGGAUCCUGCCAUAAUAAAGAAAGAGAUAAGUGGCUCACCCUCCCUGAAAACCCUGCCCCCUGUUGCCCCACUGGUUGCCCCUCUUCCAAUCGUGGAUGCCCCUCUGAUGGCCCCUCCGGUCGAGACACCAUACUUUGUCGCAGCACAGGUUGCGCCACCGCCACAACACUUUGUGCCGCCUCCACAACAGCCGCCCGUCCACUUGCCACCCCGCCAGACCAUCAGUGAUGUCAUUGGACAGAGCAACAGCGCCUUUGACUUUCUGCAGGAGUCGCAGAUUGAGGCCGAACCACCAGCAGCAGUCAUGAUGGCACAAUUCCCUCCAGGCAUGGCACCUCCGACUGCACCUGCUGCUUCAGCAGUGCCACAACCAGACUUUAUCCAGGCCAUUCCAUCGCAGACAUUCACAAACCAAAGUUUCCAGGUGAUGGCCCAAGGUGCAGUUCCUCCACCACAAGCACCUCACCCACAGUCAGUUUCCCCAAAAACCACAAUGCAGCCGUACCCUCCAACCCAGCAGCCCCCUGCUUUCAUUGAAGAAACCCAGCCAUUGCAACAACGCUCCGAAGAGCCUAAGCAGCCGGCCACCCCCGCCUCUUUUGCUCAGGCGGCCACCUAUAGCAGCCUCACCCAACAGCCAAAGCCUCAGAACAUAACCAACGGACCACCAGGUUUCCCACCACAGCAGCAGAAGGUGCAGCAGCAGAGCCAGUUCCAGCCAAUUCCCACAUUGGAGCAAGAGCAGGAAAAGGAAAAGGAGAGUAACACAUGGAAUGGUGCUGAGGGUGACGACCAGCAACAGCGAGGUGGCUUCAGGGGAAAAGGAGGCGGCCGAGGAGGUCGUGGUCGUGGAGGUGCUGAUCGCAAUGGAUAUGGUAGCAGGCCCAGGCAGAAUGGUCAGGGACGCCCUGGUGGCUACCGCCAGGACAGACCAGAAGGUGAAAAAGGCAGCUAUGAGAAUGGUGUAUCUGAUCAGAAGGGCGGAAGCUUCCGUCGUGGUCCUCCAAAAGAUGGGCCACGUGAAUUCCGAGAGCCUCGUGAGCCCCGUGAGUAUCGCGAACCUCGAGAGCCACGGGAGUUCCGUGAACCACGCGAGCCACGGGAGUUCCGUGAACCACGCGAGCCACGAGAGAACAAGGAGUGGAAGGAUUCUCGGGAGUGGCGGGACCAAAAGGAGCCAAGGGACAACAGCGGAGGCCGCAGAGGUCCUCGUCCCAAUGGACAGUUCAGAGGUGGCCGUGGUCGUGGAGCCCCAGGGGGCAACCCUAACCCAAGGCCGCAGCAGAGCCAGCCUGUGAAGCAGCAACAGUAAGACGUCAAGUAAGACAUGUUCGGAGCCAGGGCAAGGAGACACUAAGCAGACACAGAGGGCAACAACUCGUGAUCAACCUACCAUCUAAGCAACGGAACUAACUCUCCCCCAAUGUGUGUCUCCUCUGUCCGGCGAGCUCCCAACUUACGAUGAAUUCCACUUAAAGCGCUAUUAAUGAGAGAGAAGUCUUUUGUUUUCAACAAGAGAGAAAGAUUUCUGCAUCUCUUUUUUUUUGUUCAAGAGAAAUUACGAGAAAAAUGAAAUGACUAGUAAACUUAAGCUAAUCAUUCAUUGUUGCAAUCGAUGGACCUAAGAAAAAGCAAAUCAGUUCACCUGUAUCACAAAUGUGAAGUGAAAAGAGGCGAUGUUGAUAUGUAAAAUUUUUUGAUUAUACAAACUUUACGUGAUUUUAAGUAUUAUAUUAAUUGAUAAUUUUAAGACGAACCCACUCGAAACUCAUCUUUGUAUCAAUUCGGCUAUGGAAAGGGUCAAGGUCAGGACAUUCUAGUGCAACUCUUUGCCACUUCCUACUAGCUUUAGUCCUCGGUAAUCCGAUCAUCGGGCACUUGGCCGAGAAUUUUACAAUUUUUAGUAAGUCGUCCCGAUCUGGACCCUUCCCUAGAAGUCCCAACACCAUAAUUUGGCAGUUACAUUUUAUUUUGUUCAUUAUUCCAUUAUUUGUUCUCUUCAUGCAAGUUUUGUACUUUGAUUGGGUGUCUAUUAGACGUUUUCUUGGUAACUGAUUAGUUAACUCAUUAACCAAAUUUGUUGCAUUCAGAUCUCAAUUAUGGACAUUUAUUUUCACACAUAUUCAUAAUAUAAUGUGACUGACUUGAACGAUGAAGAGCAUUUUCUCACCUAAUCUUUCCCUCGCUAACAAAUAUCUGUCAUUCGCAUUUAUUUCGUGUUCUAAUUUCAUUAAGUUCAUUCACUAUAAUAAAGUGGCGAAAAGUGUCCAAAUUUACUUCAAAACAAGAUUUCAAUAAAAAAAAGUACAGUGAGCUGAA